GACUGCAAUGGCGGAUUAAAUUUACGAGAUUUUCCAUUAAUUCGGCAGAAGAUGAUGGAGUUUUGCGCUGUUUCAACCAAAGGAAUUGCACCACGUAAACGUGCAUUUCAUUCUUGUUCUGUCGUAGGAGAUGUUUUGUUUAUUUUUGGAGGAAUUGCAUCAGACAGAACUGUUUUAAAUGACAUGUACAUGUACCAUAUUUCUUCCAACUCAUGGAGUCGGAUCGAGGAUAGAGAGCUAUGUAGUUCUCAAAGCAGGCCUUUAGUUUCGUCAGGAUUUCCUCAGGGAAGACUUUGCACCGCACCAAGUGUCAGCCACCAUACAGCGACGGUUGUAAGGGGCCGGUUUAUUUUAAUAAUAGGUGGCUGGAAUGGACGGAAAAGAUGCGCUGAUGUGUUUUGUUUUGACACUGUUGAUCAAUUUUGGCGUCAUAUCCCUGAAACUGGAGACAUUCCAGUAGGAUUAAGCUCGCACACAGCAACUUUAGUGUCUUCUAAAGAUAUUUUGAUAAUCGGACGUGAAGGAGGCGUUCAUACGCAGCGCCGUUUCGCUGGUGCUUUUUAUUUAAACUUUGAAACUGGAAAAUAUUCCGAGGCACCAUUUCAUGCCAGCUCCAGAUCGGGCCACACAGCAAGUCUUAUCCCCAUAAGAACUAGUAGAGAGAAUCAUUUAUUUGUUUUUGGAGGCCGUAAGAAUGGAGGAUACGAACUAAUCGGCUCUUGGAGAAAAGCGGAACAAACUGAGACAUCGUUUCCCCAGCAUAGAAUCGCUGACUUGCUCGAAAAGUCUGCUAUUUGCGACGAACCAAGUGGUCGACAGCAUGCUAGAGCUGUAGAACUGAACAAUAAACAUUUGCUCAUUUUUGGUGGGGAGACCUGGAGUGGUGUAAGGGAGAAUGUAACAAAUGAGGCUUUCGUUUUAGAAACUGACACAAUGAAAUGGUACAAGUUGCCCCUCAUAGGAGAUGCCCCAAAACUCGUUGGGCAUUCCAUGGUGGGAUGUGGUGAUCAGAUUUUUGUGUUUGGUGGUGGGCUUUCCAACAAAUAUUCUGAUACACUUUGGGAAGUUAAGAUUAAAUAUCACUAGUGGACUGAUAUCUGCAUGCAACAGUUGCAAACAGAUCCAGUUCAAACAAUCUUGCAGCAGUGAGCACUUCACAGGUUGUUCACUAACUAGGAACUGGAAAACCAGUUGACAUUUCCCAUUGUGGAUGUUCUUGAAAACAGUUGCUUAAAUUAGUUUCAUUCACGAUGUUUGUCAAGUUCCUUGCAGCGAAAAACUCUUGUACUGUUACAUGAAUAAAACAGAAUUGUUCUUC